AUGGCUAACUUCGUGGGUCACCUGCUCCCCGGCUUGAUUUUCUUUUGCUUCGGACUCUACUAUGCUGUGUUGGCAUCCUUGGCCCUCCUGAGGGGACAGCGUCUCCUGAUUCCACCACUUCCUCCCCGGGAUAAGAGACCACAGGGCUGGCUGCGCCAGCUCCCAAUUGAGGGUUUGGUGAAGGUUGUUGUCUGUAUCCCAGGCUUCCUUGGGGCUUUCUUCUAUCCAUUAGGGUCAAACAGGCUCGUCCUGAUAGAUUGGGAAGACCCUGAGCGGCAGUUCUUGUAUCACAACUCCUGGCAACACAUGACCAUGUAUGGCUUCUUUAUCAUCAGUGGUCUGGUGGACAUAGUGAGUCGGGGCUGGCUGCCCAGGCAGCAGAUGAAGCUGGAGCAGGCUGCCCUGGCCCUGGCCUUCCAAGGCACUGCCCUGCUCCUCAUCUCCCACACUCAGGGCAAAGAUGUUCUGGAAGUCCGUUCCCACCUCUUGCUGGUGUUGCCCAACAUGUUGAUCGUUCUGGUACUGAUGACUGAACUAUGGUUCCCUGACCAGCCUGUGCUUUGGGUGUUCAAGGUAUGGAUGCUUCUCUUGUUUGGCUCCUGGUUUGCCCACCUGGGGAGCUUUCUCUAUUAUCCUAUUACCGGCCGCCCUUGGAGGGCAGAUAAACCUGGAGAUGUCAUGUUCCUCACCACGUUCUUCUGCUGGCACCUGACCCUCACUGCUCUCCUGAUAGCUGGCGUCUAUGGGCUCUGUAGCCUCUGGCACCAUCGAUGUCCACUUCAGCAGGAGCCAGAGACCGCUGGGUACCAACUGUGUCCCACAGACCCCACCACGGCAGAGCUAAAGCAGCUGAUGGUUGAAAUGAAUCAGGAGGAUGGUAAGAUCUAG